AAUCGAGGCAGACAGCUUUCAGGAGAGCAGAGAAGGGAAGAAGGUCUCUAUGGAUCUGGGGAUCAUUAAGCCCAUGGAUUGAACUGAACCCUUACUAAAUCUGGCAAGCUGACGGGCAGGUACCCGUCUGACGUCAUCCCCCGCUUCGUCCGCAAAACACUCCGAAUCACCUCAAAAAGCCGCCAGAGAACCUUUACCAUGCGACAUCUUAUAGUAUUUUCUUCUUUGUUUCCGUUCCUGUCGAGCGCGCUCUUUCUACCUUGAAUCCCUGGCUGAGGAUGGGAUCCUGGCAACGGAAUACUCGGAUGAUGCACUACAUCGGGGAAUUCGUUGAUCUCGACCCCGACAAAUCCGACAUGGUCGCUGACUUUAUCACUCUGAUUGAAGCACUUCGGGAAGGGCUCGAGCAUAUCAAUGAUGGUUUUCGCAUCCCAGACUCUCAGAUCAAUCUGUUAUUUCUCACUAAGCUCAAAGAGUGUCCUGGUUGGAGGGAUUGGGCUACGACAAUGCUGCGAGAUAGCCGCAUAAAUGCCUCCGACCCAGAGGACCGGAUGUCAUUCCAAGAGCUGACGGGCCUGGCCAUGAAGCAAGAAAGUCUGCGACAAUUGCCAGGGAAGGGAAAGAAAGAGAAUGCGAUCUCAGAGCGAGACUUUGCAGUUCCAGCGAGGACGUCGAUGGAUCCUGAUACUCUUACUCAAGAUGACAUAAACGCCUUUGUUGUCCACCGAAUGGCUCAUGACGACGAGCAGAUGUACAUUCGCAGUAAAGGUGUACGAGGCCACAACAAAAGGCCGAGCCAAGAAGAGAUUAAUGACUAUGUGAUUGAACAGAUGCAGCGUGAGCAAGCGGGAAAGUCUCACAGCGGCCAGCAAGCGCGAGCGCGAGCUCCACCGAACCCGCCCCAUCAUAGGCCAAAGCAGUGUUCAUUUUGUGGCGAUAGACAUCAUCAGGUCACAAAUUGCUGGCGGCGAUGGAGGGUUGCGGUUGAGGCGCCGCAAGGCCAAUUUGUGCCGAGGCGUGUUGAAUACAAGUUCCAGAUACCGGGACAACCACCUAUGUACCGCUCCGGUUUCACACUCUUCUAACGCAUGCCUAUGGCGACAAUGAUAAUUCACGGCGCUUGGGCUCAGGUGCAGGAUUUACCCGACUAACGAUUGAGAUUCCGGCAUAAGCAUGGCGUCAAGGAGUUCCACGGAUGGCUGAUAUGACACUUCACGUUUCAUUUUCAUGUGUCUGGAGCAUUAUAGCAAUGAUCAAUUUGACUUGCACG